AGGCGGCUCCCGCACUCGCUCUCCGGAUCGCUUGCUUCCCGGCGCCGCUGCUGGUCCGCUGCUGCGCUUCCUGCUCGCCUGCCGCUCCGUACCGCGCCGUAGCAGCCGGGUCCGGGCUGGGUUCGGGAGUCGUGCUCGCGGGCGGACGUCGCGCGGAAGGCGAGCCGCGGCCACACCUGUGGAGCCGGCGGCCGUCCGGGGUGCCAGUCGGGGUCUCACCGCGUGCGUGCUCGGGGCUGCGGGCCGCGAGGGCUCCCGGGGAGGCGCGCCCCCCGGCUGGGCGCCUCUGGCACCAUGGGGCUCCCGGCGCUGGAAUUCAGCGACUGCUGCCUGGACAGCCCGCACUUCCGAGAGACGCUCAAGUCGCACGAAGCGGAGCUGGACAAGACCAACAAAUUCAUCAAGGAGCUCAUCAAGGACGGGAAGUCCCUCAUCAGUGCGCUCAAGAAUUUGUCUUCAGCGAAGAGGAAAUUUGCAGAUUCCUUAAAUGAAUUUAAGUUUCAGUGCAUAGGAGAUGCAGAAACAGAUGAUGAAAUGUGUAUAGCAAGGUCUUUGCAGGAGUUUGCCAGUGUUCUCAGGAAUCUUGAAGAUGAACGGAUACGGAUGAUUGAGAAUGCCAGUGACGUGCUCAUCACGCCCUUGGAGAAGUUUCGGAAGGAGCAGAUUGGGGCUGCCAAGGAAGCCAAAAAGAAGUAUGACAAGGAGACAGAGAAGUAUUGUGGAAUCUUAGAAAAACACUUGAAUUUGUCUUCCAAAAAGAAAGAAUCUCAGCUUCAGGAGGCAGACAGUCAAGUGGACCUGGUCCGGCAGCAUUUCUAUGAAGUCUCCCUGGAGUAUGUCUUCAAGGUGCAGGAAGUCCAAGAGAGGAAGAUGUUUGAGUUCGUGGAGCCUCUACUGGCAUUCUUGCAAGGACUUUUCACUUUCUAUCACCACGGUUAUGAACUGGCCAAGGAUUUCAGCGACUUCAAGAUGCAGCUGACCAUUAGCAUACAGAACACAAGAAAUCGCUUUGAAGGCACCAGGUCAGAAGUGGAAUCACUGAUGAAAAAAAUGAAGGAGAAUCCCCUUGAGCACAAGACCAUCAGUCCCUACACCAUGGAAGGUUACCUCUACGUUCAGGAGAAACGUCACUUUGGAACUUCUUGGGUGAAGCACUACUGUACAUAUCAGCGCGAUUCCAAACAGAUCACCAUGGUACCAUUUGACCAAAAGUCAGGAGGAAAGGGGGGAGAAGAUGAGUCGAUCACUCUCAAAUCCUGCAUCCGGCGGAAAACAGACUCUAUUGAGAAGAGGUUUUGCUUUGAUGUAGAAGCAGUAGACAGGCCAGGGGUUAUCACCAUGCAGGCUCUGUCGGAGGAGGACCGGAGGCUCUGGAUGGAAGCCAUGGAUGGCCGGGAGCCUGUCUACAACUCGAACAAAGACAAUCAGAAUGAAGGAAUUGCACAGUUGGACAGCAUUGGCUUCAGCAUAAUCAGGAAAUGCAUCCACGCUGUGGAAACCAGAGGUAUUAAUGAGCAAGGGCUGUACCGAAUCGUGGGGGUCAAUUCCAGAGUGCAGAAGUUGCUGAGUGUCCUGAUGGACCCCAAAACAGCUUCUGAAACAGAAACGGAUAUCUGUGCGGAAUGGGAGAUCAAGACCAUCACUAGUGCUUUGAAGACCUACCUAAGAAUGCUUCCGGGGCCACUCAUGAUGUACCAGUUUCAAAGAAGUUUCAUCAAAGCAGCAAAGCUGGAGAAUCAGGAGUCUCGGGUGUCUGAAAUCCACAGCCUUGUUCAUCGUCUCCCAGAGAAAAACCGCCAGAUGUUACAGCUGCUCAUGAACCACUUGGCAAAUGUUGCUAACAACCACAAGCAAAAUUUGAUGACAGUGGCGAACCUUGGCGUGGUGUUUGGACCCACCCUGCUUCGGCCUCAGGAAGAAACAGUAGCCGCCAUCAUGGAUAUCAAAUUUCAGAACAUUGUCAUUGAGAUCCUGAUCGAAAACCAUGAUAAGAUAUUUAACACCGUGCCUGAAAUGCCUCUCACCAAUGCCCAGCUGCACCUGUCUCGGAAGAAGAGCAGUGACUCCAAGCCCCCGUCCUGCAGCGAGAGGCCCCUGACGCUCUUCCAUGCCAUGCAGUCGACAGAGAAACAGGAACAAAGAAACAGCAUCAUUAACUCCAGUUUGGAAUCUGUCGUCUCAUCAAAUGCAAACAGCAUCCUUAAUUCUAGCAGCAGCUUACAGCCCAACAUGAACUCCAGUGACCCAGACCUGGAUGUGCUCAAACCCACCCGGCCCAGCUCACUCCCCCCGAAUCCAAGCCCAACUUCACCCCUCUCGCCAUCUUGGCCCAUGUUCUCGGCGCCAUCCAGCCCUAUGCCCACCUCAUCCACGUCCAGCGACUCAUCCCCCAUCAGGCCAGAAGAAGCAGUUCAUGAAGACUCCAGCACCCCGUUCCGGAAGGCAAAAGCCUUGUAUGCCUGCAAAGCUGAGCACGACUCAGAGCUCUCGUUCAUCGCAGGCACGGUCUUCGAUAAUGUUCACCCGUCUCAGGAGCCAGGCUGGUUGGAGGGGACUCUGAAUGGAAAGACGGGCCUCAUCCCCGAGAACUAUGUGGAGUUCCUCUAACCGUGGGCCCAGCAGAACUGCUGAGCUUUCCAUGGUAUCCAUGACAACUGCUGAGUCCAGUGUUGCAGGCCAUUUCUCUGCCGCCGAGAAGUGCAGGGUGACUGACUCUGCUGCUCCCUGUCAACACCAGUGUUUGUGUGAACUUUGGUGUCACCCAUCCCCACGAUCAUCUCAGCUGACCUGUGGUAACGUUGCAAGAAACAGAAGUACUCACAGAAGUCUAUGUCUACAGAAUGCCAUGUCCUAAGAAGACAACUAGUUUUAAACCCCUGCCACCAGGCAAGUAGAUUCCUGAUUCACUCAAGAUUGGUGAUAUUCUCUUCUCUUUUCAAAAAUAAACGUAUAGGGGUAGACCCAGUAUAAGCCGCCUUCCUUGGUAUCCUUAAUUGGAGCCAGUUUUUAGCUUACUCUUUUAGUAUUUCAAUGGCCAAUGUGUUUUCUUGUCAGACCAAAUGUCUUGUUCAGCCCCAUUUGAGUUUAUCCACUCUUGCUGAGGAUUUUGUAUUACAGAGGCAGAGAGAGAGAUCAAGACAGUCAAGUUCCUAGUGACAAGGUCUCAGGCAUUGGUCAGGACCCCAUGGUUGUGUGUGCCAUAUCUGGCUUGAAAGGAAGUCCUACCAACUGCAUUUGUGUCUCCUGAAAACAGCAACCCCACUAUCACCAAAAGUUUAGUCCUGACUCCAGAGACAUCCAUGAUUGAGCGAUAGGGAGACAAAUAAUUGACUGAUGAUAACUUGAUCACCUAUUUGUGAUUGUCUAUUGGCACCUUUCAUCCUCUGGCUUCUCUUUCCAAAAACAAGUCUGGACCACCCAUCUUUGUAGACACAGGACUGCCAGGUACAAGAGUGGCCAUCGUGGCACCUGCAGUUUCCCUAGUAUUGAAUGUCUGAUGAGCCACCGCAUCACCCAAGUGGGUCGCCAGCACUGAAGAAACCAAACAGCCUCUUAGCUGCCUGGCUUUCAAAGGAGUGUCCUAGGUGUUCUGUCCCAGGAGUUAUCUGUCAUCUCUGGCAAACUCGACAGUAACCAAUUACCUAGACAACCCUGCCCCACAUCUCUUUAAGUUAGCUGGGUGUCCUCUCACACACCCUGUACUGGUGUUUAAAAAAUUUAUCUUGUGCUCAAAUGUGUUUGGCAGCCACGCUGAUCUGCCAGGUGCAGAACUACUCUGUAAUUGUAGCGUCAAAGUGACAACAAUGGCAGAGCAGUGCACUGUGCACAGCUCCACAGCAGAACCCAGCAGGUUGUCUAACUAAGGAGCUCCCCAAGCAGAGGGAGAGACCCUAGAGAGUGCAGACAUCAUUCAGAGCCAGUCCUUGCUGAAUCGUGGUCUUCUAGUGGAAGCACACGGAUUCUUGGGAAAGUAUUGGGUGUAAAGCAAUGAUAGGAGCAGAGAGAAAGAAAAAGGCAAGCCAGACCGAAGAACUUUGAAUUUUUUUAAGAGGGGUAAAUAUAGUUCUUAAUACAAGAAGAAGAAGAAAAUCUAUCACAAAAGAAGUUCACCACUUUUUACAAAAGUUUUGGAGGACACGACAAGAUAGAAACAUCUUUGAAGGUGGAAUGGUUUAGAGAGCAAAGGCUUGGCAUUGCCCUAAACCCCAUAAAAGGGUAGCAGUUACUAUUAGGUCAAAAUUCUCUUGAGUGUAGUAAGAACCAGAGUACUGGUCAUCAAGAUGUCGGAAUAACCUGGAGAGAUCAAGACUUUCUACGCCAUUCUGCAUGGACCAUCCCUACAAAGUUGUUCAGACACCUAUGAGCGCCUCCUUGGGGAUCCAGAUGCCAGAGUCAACCUUGUACCUGUGAAAGCAGUUCCUCUGACGAUUCUAAAGUAUACAUGUAUCAGUAUGUGUCUGUGGAUGUAUGUGUGGUGCACAUUUGCACAUGAAAAGAUACUCAUAGAAACUCACAUAAACUGGCGGUCACUGAGCCUUUGCAGCCUUUAAGUGUUGAAGGUUGAGAAUUCAAGAAACAAGGGAGGCUGUUGAUUGACUAUCAAAAUGACCAGACAUGUAAAUGAAGUGCCAUUUUAAAACUUUGUUCAUAUUAAAUGAUUACUAUCUACAGCUAUAUUCCAUAUUAACUUAUUAAAAGUCAUCUUGAAAAAAGAUCAAAUGCAUAAGUGUUUAGUAGCUAAACUAGACUAGUGUUCCAAAGCACUAUAAAAGACAUUUGGACCAUAUUUCGGAGAAGAAAAUAUCUGCAUGUUUAAUUCAUAAUUUAGGCUACCUUUGAGUAUAUUAUAAAAGUGCAGUGUGGUAUAAUAUCAAUAAAGUACUUAAAAAAUGGCACUUUAAUGUUUUUAUAAAUCAUAAAUAAUGCACUGUUUUAAACUUCAGUUCAGUAUUGAAUAUUGACUGGUGUGUAGAAUCCAAUUCCGUAAUUACAAAGUAAUUUGUGGCUAGAAUAGAACUUUUCUCCUGUUAUUAAUGAAACAGUUUUGCCAUGUUCAAGCUUUAAAAUAAUGUGCUUUUGCAUCACAAAGCAUAUCUAUAAAGACGUACAAUUUCUGUUGAGUGGCCUUGAAACUUGGCCUUCUUACAUUUGUUUGGUUUACGUGACAAUCCCAAUAAAACAAGUGGAAGUAUGAUUUUUGAAUUAAAUGACUUUUCCAUUUGA